AUGGCCGCUCUCGACACGUACAAGUACACUCCCGCCGAGGAGAAGGAGGUCCAGCAAUGGAUCCAGAAGGCCGACACCAUCAAGGCCUCGGACGAUAAGCAGUCCGUCCUCAACCAGCUCAACCAAGACCUCGCUACCCGCACCACCGUCCUCGGCACCAAGCCCUCCAAGGCCGACAUCGCCAUCUACGAGGCCGUCGCCCCCCUCGUCAAGGCCUGGUCCCCCGAGGAGCGUACCGGUCAGCAGGGCCGCCCCAACAUUGUCCGUCUCGUCGACUUUGUCCAGAACAGCCCCCUCUUCGGCCUCAACGUUACCGACAAGAUCGCCAUCGAUGCCGAUGAGAUCCUCUACGUCAAGCCUCCCGUUGAUGCCAAGGCCGAGAAGGAGCGCCUGAAGAAGGAGAAGGCCGCUGCCCUCGCCGCCGCUCAGUCCGCCGCUGCCGCCGUCCAGGGCGCUGCCGCCACCGUUGUCGACCGCACCAAGGAGGCUGCUGCCGCCGUUGCCGAGAAGGCCGUCGAAGUCAAGGACCAGGUUGUCCAGGCCGCCACCGACGCUGCCCCCGCCGCUGCCCAGCCCAAGAAGGAGAAGAAGAAGAAGGAGGUCAACGAGAACCGCCGCCCUAAGGCCACUCCUCCUCCUCCCGCGCCCCUCUCUCCGGGUCUCAUCGACCUCCGCGUCGGCCACAUCCUCAAGGCCAUCAAGCACCCCGAAGCCGAUUCGCUCUACGUCUCCACCAUCGCCGUUGGCGACGCGCCCGGCACCGAGGACACCGCCGAGUACGAGGGCCAGGUGUGCCGCACCGUCUGCUCCGGCCUCAACGGCCUCAUCCCUCUCGAGGAGAUGCAGGGCCGCAAGGUCGUUGUCGUCUGCAACCUCAAGCCUGUCAAGAUGCGCGGCAUCAAGUCGUGCGCCAUGGUGCUCGCCGCCUCGCCCAAGCCCCAGGAGGGCGUCGAGGACGACCACAAGGGUCCCGUCGAGCUCGUCAACCCUCCCGCCGAUGCCAAGGCCGGCGAGAAGGUCUACUUCGAGGGCUUCAACACCACCCCCGAGAAGGUCCUUAACCCCAAGAAGAAGGUCUGGGAGACCUUCCAGCCCGGCUUCACCACCACUGGUUCCCUUGAGGUUGCCUUUGAUGUUGAUGCGUGCAAGGAUGUCAAGGACUUGGAGGGCAAGAGCGGCAUUGCUAAGCUGGUGACUGAAAGCGGCGGUGUCUGCACUGUUUCCACCUUGGCCGGUGCCCAGGUUAGGUAA